AUGAAUAAAAAAUUAUUAUCUUAAGCAUAGGAUGAAUUUUAAACUGAAACUAUUUCAUUUAAUGUAACUAUACCUCUAAAAAAUGACAAUAGAGAAGAUUUAGACAAUAAUAACACAUAAUAUAGUCAGUUUGUACCUAAAAAAAAUAGAUAAUCUACUUCUAUGAUUUUUUCUAUUUAAGCUCAAGAAUAAUUUGAUUAAGAUGAAUUAACUAAGCAACCUUAUUUUAAAGAAAAUAAAACAAUAAAUAAAUUCACAACAAAAAACAAAAUUAAUCAUAACACACCAUCAUCAUUUAAAACAAUUUAAAUUAAUUCAAAAUUUUAUUCAUAAAAUAAAACUAAAAAAAGAAGAAUUUUAUCUGAAAACUCAGCUCCAACAAAACCUUUAAUUAAAAUUAUACAUCCAUAAGUCAUUACCCCAGAAGAAUUUAAAUAUUCAAAAAAAUCACUAGAAACACAUUCAGACUCAUCAGAAAUUACUCGUUCAAAUUAAAAUGAGUCAUAAACUUCAAAAAUAUUAACACUUGAAGAUAGACUUCAUAGACUUUCAUAAUAAUAAAAAUCAACUCUGAAUAAAGAAUUAUAAAAACCAAGUUAACUAGAUCUUAUAAAAGAGGAUCAUACAGAAGCAGAUGAAGAAUAAGAAGCUUAUUUUAAACAUUAAGAAAAAAAGUAAGAUAUAAAUAAAUUUCAUCAUUUCUUAAAAAUUGCUCCACAUCCUAAAAGAAUAGUCACUUUCAGUUCAGUAAUCAAAAAGAUUGGAGACAUUGAAAUUUGUAUUGGAAUAGAAGGUAAAGAAUAAAUUACCUAUUUCAGAAGAAUUAAAAGUGAAAAAGCUAAACUAUAUAAUUAUUGCAAUAUUUAAGUUGAAUGAAAUAAAAUUUAAUUGA